CAAAAAAAGAGCUCACUUUCACAGUUUCACAAUUCGAAACUUCCCUCCGCGCUUAACUAAACUAACAGACCGUUGCUUAGAGCUCUGUAUCAUGCACAAUUGGCUCGAUUCCCUCAUCAAGAUUUCAUCUUUAUUGAAUAAUUUCAAGAAAUAGAAUCUUGCAGAGGAAAUAGCUCCAAGAAUUUAGCCAUGUCAAUCCGAAGUUUUCAGCCCCUCAGGAAAGGAAAAGGGUUCCCAAAAUACUCCGGUUUCCACACAUUUGCUGAUUCUAGCUUCCCCAUCUCACCCAAUGCCUCUUUUAGAGACAACAUCCGCAUUGCCCUUCAUCAGUUUGCGGAGCUUGAGGAAAACUUAGUCAAUGGCCAUCGGAUUUGGUGUUCGUUUUUGGUGCAUGAAGGCGGGGGGUUUGUGGUGCCGCUGUACACUAUCGAGGAACUUGUCAAGUCUUCUUCCCCUGAAUCCUUCUGUGAUCACUGCAGAUGUGCUGGUUGGUCUCAUCAUUUUGUUUCCAAUAGGAAAUAUCAUUUUAUUAUACCCUCAUAUGAAGAAUGGAAUAAACCUCCAAGUUCGGAUGUUCUUGAUCUCGAUUCCCAUUUGCUGCAUGGGUCGAUACACUGCAAUGGAUUCGGACAUCUUCUCUGUAUUAAUGGAAUUGAAGGAGAGUCCAAACAGUUGUGUGGAAGAGAAAUUAUGGAUCUUUGGGACAGAAUUUGCAGCUGCCUUCAUACACGGAAAACCACAGCACCGGUUGUUUCCAAAAAACAUAAAAUGUUACGUCACAACAUGGCCUAUGGACAUCCUUGGUGUGAAAGAUGGGGAUAUCAUUGUCUCUGUGGCAGUUUUGGGGUAAAAGAUUGUCAUUAUAAUAGGUCACUGGAAUUACUUAGCUCCCUGGAACUCGAUAAGAUAAUUCAGGACUUAAGCUGUACCGAGAGAUGCAAGGACGUCAAGCAUAUCAUUCGCUGCUACAGAGAUUUGAGUGAGACCAAUUUGAUCACCUUGCGAGAUGAAGCAAGAUCAGUAACCAGAGUUGUCACCCAGUCCUUUGGAGAAAAGAACUCCGGCAAGUUCUGCAAAUUUUCUGGACUUUCUGUCAAUGGAGACAGCCAGUGGCCAGUUAAAAGACCGGAGUUUACAGCUAAUGUGAUUGUUGAAGCUGUAAAACUCAUGCAAGCUCAAAAUAAAUUUUCGAGCUCCUUGAUGGUUAAAGAGGAGUUACAUAAUGCAGCUCACCAACAAAUUGGUGACAAUGGUUUGAUUGAUUGUGUGCUGAAAUCACUGAACAAUGUUGUAGUUGGUGAUUACAUAGUCAACUGCAUGGUAAUUAAAUCAAUGCCACAGCUGGACUAUAUGAUUGAAGAAGUAAACAUGUGUCGGGGUGAGUGUAGUACGGCAGCAGCUACGGUAACUAAGGAAAUGGUAGCUGAGGAAUUGAUAGUUGGUUUUCCUCCCUAUGAAUCGGAACUACUUUCAAUAAAUGACAGCAACUUGCUUUUUAAGGUACUCAGACCAGCAACAUCAGCUGUUGGACAGGAGUUCUGGGAAAGCAAGAUUAGUCUUCCAGAAGUUUCGUUGCAGGAACAAGUUGAGUUACCGCUUUGGGCCGUCCUUUUAGUGACUGGGACGUUGUUAAUAAUUGUGCUAUACAAUGCCAUACAAAUUGGAGCACAAUUGUUGCAAAGUUUUAAGAGGAAAGGAAGUAAAAAGAUCGGCAAAGUCACUGUGAAUAUGAAGGAAAAAAUUGGUGCUGGAAGUCAUGGGUCACAGGUGUUCAAGGGAUUCUAUGAAGAGCGGGAGGUUGCCAUUAAAGUUGUACUAAGGUCACAUUACGAAGUGGUUUUAAGGGAGAUUGACAAUUUGGUGGCGUUAGAUAGCCAUCCCAAUGUUGUCCGAUAUUUUGGUAGGGAGGUAGACCGCAAAUUUUAUUAUAUCAGUUUGGAGAGGGGUGCUUGUACACUCGGAGAUUUGGUCAUGGCUGAAGCGAAGGCAGCAUCUGAUGGUCGUCCUUUGGAGAUUGCUAGAUUGAUUUUGAAGCAAAUGAGAUCCCGUAACACUCCGUUAUGGAAUAGAGCAAAAGGUCCUCGUAGAGCAAACUAUCCCACUUUUCAUUUGAUUAUGCAUUUAAGAUCCAUUCUUGGUGGACUGAAAUAUCUCCAUGAUGAAGGUUUUGUUCAUGGAGAUAUUAGCCCACAUAAUAUCUUGAUGAUGGGAGUUAAAAACCCAUGUCUGAAACUUUCAGACAUGGGAUUAACUAAAAAGGAGUGUUCAAAAGGGAUAUUAGGUGGAAGCGGUGGCUGGAUUGCUCCUGAAACUCUCUCUCAACAGCAAGUGACAUCAGCUAGUGAUGUUCACAAUUUUGCUGCGGUUGCUUACUAUUGCAUUAGUGUAGGAGAACAUCCAUAUGGGAAGACUGAGGAACAACGACAAGAAAAAAUGAAAGACCGCGAGGAAGCUGAUUUGUCGAAGGUAAUCAACUUCCCUGAUCUUUUUGACGUUUUAAAUGGAAUGUUGAAAGCUGAACCAGCAGAGAGACCAAACACAACUUCUGCCAUCCAGCAUCCGUUUUUCUGGCCUGCUGACACCCGCUUAGACUUCUUAAGCCUUACCAGUGACUGGUUACAAAAGGAGCCCCAGGUAGUAUCAAUAAUAGAAUCAAAGGCUACCAUCAUUCUAGGAAAACUUAACCCAUGGACUAUGAAGGGGGGUAUUCCAGCUUUUGCAGUUACUGAUCUAUCCAAAAGAGGAGCACAUUAUAACUUCAAAACGGUGCAAGGAUUAUUAAGAUUGAUAAGAAAUCUUAAACACCAUUACUUGGAUAUGUCAAAGAAGAGUAAGAAGCAUUUUGGAGAUCUAGUAUAUGGAGUUGAAGCCUACUUUCGAAAGAAAUUUCCACAUCUCUUGAUGGAGGUUUAUAAAGUGGUGGAGCCACGAUGGGGUACAGUAGAUUGUUUCAAGCACUUCAGGGAUAAACUUCAAACAUGACGGAGUUAGUGGUUGAAACUAUUUUCAGUGCAAAGAUCUGAAGGUGGGAGAAAGCUUGGGCCUUUCAGCGUUGUUGGAGAAAUGUCUGAAAAUAGUUUGUGUUGAUUGAUAGCAUCUGCCAAUCACUAUUUUCUGUAUAUGCUAUUUUUAACAACUUAGUAGUUCCUUGCUCAUUGUAUGUUAGAUUUGGUUCUGCUACUAAAAUAGUUGUUAAUAAAACUUGUCUAAUAGAGAUAAGCGAGACAGCAAAGAAAUACUUCUGCAUCAUGAAUUGAGUAGAGAAUGGUGUCCAUCAACUUUGAUCAGUGAUGUUCUUUGGUCUUUAAACUUGAAAAAGGUUUUGAUUUGGC